AUUUAGACCAACACCCCCCCUCUUCACCUUCUACUUUCUUUUCCCAUCCUUCUCCUCCCCUCUGUUCCGCUUGUCGCUUGCGAGCUGCUCGGGCACGAUGUCUUCUUCGCCGGCACCGACGACGAGCGAGUCGCGGCGGCGGGCCGAGAUCGAGGCGAAGCGGGCCAAGCUGGCCGAGCUCAAGCGUGCGCGAGAGGAACGGACGAGCCGGCUGCAGGCUGGCAGGAGCAGCGAUACCCGGAGUGGUUCCGAGGCCACGACGCCGUCGUCGAGACGGGACAUUGAUGACCUCGUCGCCAACCUCGUCGGCAGCCGGACUCAGGGCACCUCGAGCCGAAUGAGCAUCGGGCCUGGUGAUGGUAGGGGUACGCCCUCGAGCCCGAGAAAGUCCGGUACAGAGGUCCUGGCAGGGUAUGGUGGCAGGAGCGACUACGAUGGCGCGUCCGAGGGACAGAGCAUGGCGACGACGAUGGUCAAUCGCGCCGAUGGCGAGGCGCAGGGGACACAGGUCGUGGGCCAGCCCAGGGCGAGGUUGGUGGACAGCGAGGUGCAGACGGACUCGCUCGAUGCGCCCGCUGCCGUUGCCAAGAAGGAGAAAGUGUACUAUACCAAGGAGAUCCAGACGACUCUGCGGAGCGGCGGAGAUUCGGACUCGGAGGACGACGAGGCAGGUGGGGACAGGACGAUAGGACCAAAUGGCGUCUCAAUUGCGACCGAGGAAGCUAUCCGGGCCAAGCUGCUCAAGGAGCAAGAGGUCGAGAGGCUCAGGGCAGAGGAGGAGCACAUGAAGCAGGAGGAAGAGCGGCUCGAAAAGGAGAUCGAAGAGGGCCUCCGAGAAUUGACUGGCGAGGAGCUUGGGGCCAUCUAUGGCGCGUCAGAGUUCACCGAGUUCGUCGAGCAGAGCAGCAAGAUCAUCGAAAGGGCCCUGACAGAUACGUAUGACUACCUCAAGGACUAUACGCUGCUCGACGACCGCGCAGCCGACGACUACGAAGGCCGGCAGGUGAAGUCGCAGCGGGUCUUCUGGGACGAGCGGCUGUGCAGGGGACGGAGCAUCACGGCUCUCGACUGGUCCACAAAGCACCCCGAGCUUGUCGUGGCCAGCUACAGCCGGAGCGAGUUCAGCGCAAACGACGAGCCCGACGGCCUUGUUCUCGUCUGGAACAUGCAUCUGGCAGACCGACCCGAGUUUGUCUUCCAUGCUCAGACGGACGUGCUCUCUGUGACCUUUUCGCCCUUUCAUCCCAACCUCGUCAUCGGCGGGACCUACAGCGGACAGAUUCUGAUCUGGGACACGCGAGCACGGUCUCUGCCCGUGCUCAAGACGCCACUCUCGGCGGCCGGGCACACGCACCCCGUCUAUGCGCUUCAGCUCGUGGGCACGCAAAACGCCCACAACCUCGUCACGGCCUCAACUGAUGGGACCGUGUGCUCGUGGAUGCUCGACAUGCUCGCGAGACCCCAGGAGACGCUCGAGCUGCUCAACACGCUCCAUCCAAAGACGGACGAAGUCAGCGUCACCACGAUUGCCUUUCCCGACCAAGAGACGACCACCUUCUGGGUCGGCACAGAGGAGGGCAGCGUAUACCAGGCCGGACGCUACGACCGUGCAGGGGCCAAGGCCGGUCUGAAUCUGCAAGACGUCUUCAAGCGCCAUUCUGCGCCCGUCACGGGCCUCCAUUUCCACCCGCUGGCCGGACCCGUUGACUUCUCCGACCUCUUCCUUUCGUGCAGCAUGGACUGGACCUGUCGCCUGUGGCGCAGCAAAAAGCAGUCUUCGUCUUCAGCGUCGGCGUCGUCCUCUGGCGGCGGCGGCGGCGGUGGUGGUGGUGGUGUUGGUGCCGGCAGCAGCAGCACCGGUGGCGUCGCGGCAUCAGGUGCCGCGCAUUUGCAAGGUAACUCGAGCAGCCACGCCAUUGCACCGGUACUGAGCUUUGACGAGGCGAGCGACUACGUGUACGACGUCCGCUGGCAUCCUGUCCACCCCGCCCUCUUCGCCCAGGUCGACGGCUCGGGCCGACUGGAUCUGUACAACCUCAACGUCGACACGGAGCGGCCGAUCAUCAGCACCGUCGUCGGUGCCGGUCGCGCCCUCAACAAGGUCGGCUGGGACCGCAAAGAGGGCCGCAAGCUGGCCAUGGGCGGCGCAGAGGGUAAAGUGUACGUGUACGACGUCGGCACGCUCGCCAGCCCGGCCGAGGACGAGUGGUUUGCGAUGCAAAAGACCGUCGCUCGGCUCCUGAGUGCCACUUCGUCCGCGUCCGGUGCUGCGGCCCCGGGUAGCAGCGGCAGCACUAACAAUGGCAAGGGAAUGGGCGCGGGGAUAAGCGCGCUGGACGGCGGCGCGGCGGCGAGGACCAACCUGGACCUAGAGAGAAUCAGCCAGCGCUUGGCGGUACGAUAGCCAUCUUCAGUCUUUUGUCGUUCAUGCUUGAUCAAUUAUUACCAUG